AUGAGCUACAACCAGGGCAUUUCAAAGGAAACAAUCUUAAAAGGAGGUAGUUAUAUCUGGAAAAAUAGAGGGAGAUCAGUGUUUUUGUAUGUACUUCGUGGACUUGGAUUUGUGUAUCGCCAAAAGGAAUUCAACCCAAUCGUGUCAGAGCGACCAGAUAUUGUACACAAAAGAAUGCUGUAUCUCCAGUUGAAGAAAGACCAGGUCCGAGUAAGGGAAGAGAGAGAGGAAAGAGGGUCAUCAUCGCUGCUGAAAGAGGGUCAUCAUCGCUGCAUCACACAGCUAGGAGUUCUCAAAGGAUCCGAGCUUCUUCUUGUUUCCGGAUUGAGAGAAGAAGAUCAGAAGCAAGAUUAUCAUGCCGAUAUGGAUGGUAAUAACUUUGAGAUCUACUACCGAAAGAUGAUCCCACUUUUUGCGGCUGAAGCUGCAAAACUUGGAAGACCCGCAGUGUUGUUGUGUGAUAAUGCUCCGUAUCACAAUGCUCCACUCCGCAAGCCUCCGACGAGCACUUCUUCCCGAGCUGACAUCAUUUCUUUUCUCACGGAGCAUGGUGUAAAGUUCUUCCCAAAGCAGACGAAGGAGAUCCUCUACGAUUUGGCUGGAAUCUUCAUUGAAUCCAACGGGGGUCGCGAGGCAUUCACGGUCUACAAAUUCGACGAGUAUGCCAAGUCUCAUGGGGUUACUGUUUUAAGACUCCCACAAUAUCACUGUUUUUUUAAUCCAGUGGAAUUACUGUGGGCGCAAUUGAAACAGCACCUCAGAAAGAUUGGCAAACCGGAAGAUUCAGUUGAACUAGUGAGAAGCCGUGCCAAGGCGUUCCUCGAGUCUUUUCCAGCAACUUCGGCCGACAAACUGUUUCUUCACACUCAAAAAUUGGAGACAGACCUUCGAGAGAUGAUGGAAGAAGAAGAUAUGACGGAUUACGACGAGGUGUUCGACUUGAACUACGACGUCGAUGAAGCUGGCAAUCUCUACAACAUCCAAAUCGAUAGUGAUGACGAAGACGCGAUGGUGGACGAGGAAAUCGAAACCAUUUGCCCAACAGAUUGCUCCGUUAGCUCUGAUGACGACUUCAACGUUUUCAGUGAUACUGAAGACUAUGACUUCUAA